AUGAUAUACCCUUUCCAAUCCAUGAUUUGAGAGUUGCAACUGGGAAGAAGGAUAAUACAGAUUGCAGAGCGAGUGUGCUUGGGAAAGAAGGGGAUAAGAAUGGCAGCCCUUAGCUUUGGCAUGGCCACCACUGCUUGGAAUCAUGGCACUAAUACUCAUACUCAUACUCGUCCUCGAACUCAUACUCGCACGCCCACAAUUCGAUGUAUUGGCUGGGACCCUGAAGGCAUCCUUGGGCCACCGCAAACUGGCCACAUAGCCAGACUGGAGUUCAAGAGGCGCCUCGAGAGAGAUGCCGACGCUCGCGAAGCAUUUGACCGUCAGGUCCGUGAAGAGAAACAGCGUCGCCAAGAACUUCGUCAGUCUCGCAUUCCUCCUGACAAUCCACAAGAGCUAAUUGAAUACUUACUUGACACGGAAGCUCAGGACAUUGAAUUCGAGAUUGCAAGAAUGAGACCCCGAUUGAACGAAGAAUUCUUUUCGCAACUUAAAUCGGAGUUAGGACAGCUUCGAUUCGCUGUUAACAAAACUGAGGCCACAGAGGACAGGUUGAUUGAGCUGGAGGCUCUGGAGAAAGCCAUUCAGGAAGGAAUAGAUGCAUAUGAUAAGAUGCAAGGUGAGCUUAUAAAAGCCAGAGAAAGCCUAACCAAAAUUUUGACUUCUAAGGAUGUCAAAGCAACUUUGCUGCAGAUGGUUGAGAGCAGUGAAAUUAACAGAUCUCUGUUGGCACUUCUUGAUGAAAACAUAGCCGAUGCACAUAGGAGUAACCAAAAACAAGCUGCAGAAUAUAUGGAGAAGCUUCGCGGGGCUCUACUCAAGUACAUUACAGUUUAGUGUGCAUAUAUUUUUUUUUUCUAUUACAAAUCUGUGGAAAAUAUUUGUUGUUGAUAAUUGUAGUAUUUUAUUAUACAAAAGAAUUGUGUUGUAGCAGAUUUCUCCAAUGGGAUAUGGUAUCAAACAAUUGUCAAUUUUGAAUUACAACUACGGUUGGGUUCUCUAGUUGAUCAAGUAUGAAAUCUAAUUUGAAAACCACUUAUAUA